AUGAACUCUCCUUCGGGGACAAGAUCCCCACCGGACCCGGCCCAGGAAUCCAACGGCAUAGCCACCCCAGCUUCCCGCAGCGGGUGGAACAGCUCCUGGAGCAGCACCUCCAGCCUGGACCACCCUCCGCCCGUCAGCCCCACGGCAGCCAGGGCUCAGGCUGCUGCCUGGGUCCCCUUUCCCACGGUCGAUGUUCCAGCCUACGCCCACUACACCCUGGGCACGGUGAUCCUGCUGGUGGGGCUCACAGGGAUGCUGGGAAAUCUGACGGUCAUCUAUACCUUCUGCAGUUGUGAUUUACUUCAUGGAGUCAAUGUGAUGAUUAAGAGCAGAGGUCUCAGGACACCUGCCAACAUGUUCAUCAUCAACCUCGCAGUCAGCGACUUCCUCAUGUCCUUCACCCAGGCCCCCGUCUUCUUCGCCAGCAGCGUCUAUAAGCAGUGGCUCUUUGGAGAGGCAGGCUGUGAAUUCUAUGCCUUCUGUGGGGCUCUCUUUGGCAUCACCUCCAUGAUUACCCUGACGGCCAUCGCCCUGGACCGCUACCUGGUGAUCACACGCCCACUGGCCACGGUCGGGAUGGCAUCCAAGAGGCGGGCGGCGCUUGUCCUGCUGGGCGUCUGGCUCUAUGCCCUGGCUUGGAGUCUGCCGCCCUUCUUUGGCUGGAGUGCCUAUGUGCCCGAGGGGCUGCUGACCUCUUGCUCCUGGGACUACGUGAGCUUCAUGCCAUCGGUCCGCGCCUACACCAUGCUGCUCUUCUGCUUUGUGUUCUUCUUGCCCCUGCUCAUCAUCAUCUACUGCUACAUCUUCAUCUUCAAGGCCAUCCGGGAGACGGGCCAAGUUCUCCAGACUUUCGGUGCCAGCGAGGGUGGUGGUGAGUGCCCCUGGCAACGGCAGCGUCUGCAGAACGAGUGGAAAAUGGCCAAGAUCGAGCUGUUGGUCAUCCUUCUCUUUGUGCUCUCCUGGGCCCCCUACUCCACCGUGGCCCUGAUGGGCUUUGCUGGGUACGCGCAUGUCCUGACGCCCUACAUGACCUCCGUGCCGGCUGUCAUCGCCAAGGCCUCUGCCAUCUACAACCCCAUCAUUUAUGCCAUCACCCACCCCAAGUACAGAAUGGCCAUCGCCCAGCACCUGCCCUGCCUCGGGGUGCUGCUGGGCGUGUCAGGCCAGCGCACUGGCCUGUACACCAGCUACCGCUCCACCCACCGCUCCACACUGAACAGCCAGGCCUCGGACCUCAGCUGGAUCUCUGGACGGAGGCGCCAGGUGUCCCUGGGCUCUGAGAGCGAGGUGGGCUGGACAGACACGGAGGCAACAGCUGCUUGGGGAACUGCCCAGCAAGUGAGUGGAUGGUCCCCCUGCGGUCAGGGCCCGGAGGAUAUAGAAGCCAAGGCCUCUCCCAAGUCCCAGGGACAGGAAGCAGAGGCUCCCGGAAAGACCAAAGGGCUGGUCCCCAGCCUGGACCCCAGGAUGUAGGGUGCCCAUCGGUUUGUCUUUCUUCUGGGACAUGUCCAACCCCUUCACCUCCCCCUCACACACACAGACCCAGGAUUACCCUGUGGGCCUGCGGGCUUUGGAAGUGGCCCCGUCACCCAAGCUGUGCUGGAUUCGCGGCCUUGUACUGCAAAACUCCUGCUCUGCAAAGUGGUCUGCACCCACUUCUCAGCUCAAGAGCCUGCGCCCCAGGCUCAGCCUGAAGAGUGGGCACCCAGGCCCUCCCGCGGCCCGGAACACAGACCUUCACUCGCUGGAACCCGUUACUCACCUCUGGCUUUCCCCCCAGAGUGCUAUUUCCACCAUGGCCCACCCUCUUCUGCACAUGUGCAUUUUCGGGCACACUCUGCUGUGUGUACAUAUUUGCAUGCACACCAAGUGCACGAGUGCACACACUGCACCUGUGGUUUGUUUCAAAUCAGUGGUCUAAUUCAUCCCAGGGUGUGUGGCUCUGGCAGGAUGUAGAAAAAUAAAAAGCGGAGAAGGUCUCCGACAAGCACAGUCUCUACCUAUUGGUGCCACCGUGGGAGAGAGACCCAAGGCCUGGCCUCUAAUGCUGACAGCAGCCUCUCUUCCUCCUCUCCCUCUGUCCCCCACCACGUGACUUUCACUCCUAAAACCCCAUCUCA